AUGGUGAAGGGCUGUGCCAGUGGGUUGGGUCCCCAUCGGAGAAAGAGGACCACCUUCAGUGUUGGGCAGUUGCUGGAGCUGGAACGGGUAUUUGCAGCUAGACCCUAUCCUGACAUCAGUACCCGUGAGCACCUGGCCCAGGUAACUCAUCUGCCUGAAGCCAAGAUCCAGGUGUGGUUCCAGAACCGCCGAGCCAAGAGAAUCAAGAACAGAAAGCCAGGAGCCCUAAACCCUAGGCUGGAACUUCCUCCUCCUAACUCCUGCUUUCUUCCAGACACCCCUCAGCAACCCUCUAGAACACCAGGCCAGCCUCUACAGCCCACUGGCUCAGCUCAGCAUGCUUCAGCUUGCCCACAGACCUCCUGUGUAACUUCCAGCUUGGGUCCAGGACAGAGCUGGGCAGGGGCUAAAGCUGCAGUCCCAUGCUGGCCAAAUGGGGCUUCAGGGGGUUACCCUUCUUUAGAGCAAACUGCUCCUCAGACUUCAUUGGGCAGUCUGUCUGACCUUAUCUAUACCUCAGCCAUUGUCAUCAAUGUAGAUCACUCAUAA